AUAAGCAAAUUAAUAAAAAAAUCUUCAAAAAGAGCAUUAGAAUGACAGAAAAAAGUGAAACUUCGGAAAAGUUAAAGAAUUUGGAAUGCCCUUUCACUUGGAAAUUGAAUGAAAUAUAUAAAAUCGUGAAAGAACAUAAAGAAUCACAAACUCACGACGAUGAAAAUCUCGUUCCCAUAUUGAAGUUUAUGCGCUUGGUAGUAAAUAUUUACGAAAGUGUAUUGAAGGAGGACUUCACCAAAGUUCACGAAUGGCUGAAGUUAGCGGAACAAAUAUUUGAUGAAAUGAAGAAAGACGAAGAUAUUCAAUACAUUUCUCUAGAAGUUCUAGAAAAUAUUCUAAACGGAACAAAGUGCCAUCUGGAAAUGCAGUUAAAGAAUUUCAAAAAAGUGGAAGAGAGUCUUAAAACGAUAAAGAAAAUCGAUUAUUCCACAAAUCCAAAAGCCAGAAGUACUCUCAAUGGAUGUAAAAGUUUGGCUUGGUCAAAGUACAAAGAAUCAGGAGAAAGAGGAAUCCGAAACGCAAUUGACUUCGCUAGCCUGGCAAUCCGAGAUAAUCCAAAAUUUGCUGCCUGGCAUUUUAUUCAGGGUAUAAAUUUAAGGCGUCAAAGAAAAGGCCCACAAUAUUAUUCACUACCCUGCAAAGAAGAAAUUGAAGCUUUCAAAAAAGCGUACGAGCUAUCGCAAAAACAUAUUUAUGGGAUCCGUAUGGCUUUAAUUUAUAAAGAGCAAAAGGAUUAUCCGCGGGCUUUGUCUAUAUAUGAGCAAAUAUACAACACUAAUCCACAGAGUUGUACCAUACAAUUACGACUCGCUCUUGGAUUUAUUAGAUCACGAGGAGAACGGGAAUUAUUAUUUGCCAAAAAGUGCCUCGAUUUUGUGGAGGAGCGAUCUCCUGAAGAUUGCAUGUAUCUUCAUUACAGAGGAGUGUAUUUGCAAUCCUUGAGAAAAUUCGAUGAGGCUGCUGAUUAUUAUUUGAAAGCUUCGAAAGACUUCAAUUACUGUGCAGAAAUGUCUUUCCUUCGAUGCAAACACAAGCAAAAAGUCAAUUACGACUUCAUUAAUCAUUUGCAAAAAAUGAUUGAAAAAUAUGAGUCCACUGAUGAACGCAGAGAGUUAGAUUUGUUGUUGCAUCUCGCAGCAUGCUUUUUCAUUCUCAACAAAGAUAUUCCAAAUGCUGUUAAAUAUUAUUUGAAAGCUUUUGAAAAAGAUCCAGAAAGUGAUUUAUUCAAGAAGCAUCCGUUCAUACUUUCUUCAGAAAGUAUAAACGUUUAUGUCUUUCUGAAGUAUACAUUUUUUCCCGCAGUUGAACAGGAAAGAGAUUUGGAUUUUUCUACGAAAGAAGCAUGCCUUAAGCUAAAAAAGUACUGCGAUGACGAUGUUCUCAAAGUCGUAAAAAAUUUGCAGGGUUUGAAAUUGUUUUAAGAAAUGACUAUUACACACGGUUUUAACGUUCAGAAAAUGAUCUGAAAAUUUUUAUUUUAUUUGCUUGACAACAAAGUUUUCAUUUUAUACAAACUUAUUCAUAAAAUAAGUUAUUUUAAAAUUAGAAUAUAACGAGAACUCAAAUGCAGUUUUAUACCUAUUAAAUAUGUAUAUUCUUAUUACGUGUGGAGAAAUAAACAGUAUGUUUUCCGUA